AUGAAGAUGCUGAUGUGUGACCGCGGCGUCCAGAUGCUCGUGACGACGGUGGGCGCGUUCGCCGCCUUCAGCCUCAUGACCAUCGCGGUGGGCACGGACUACUGGCUGUACUCGCGAGGGGUCUGCCGCGUGAAGAGCAGCGGGGACAACGACACGAGCCGCAAGAACGAGGAGGUGAUGACGCACUCCGGCCUCUGGCGAACCUGCUGUCUGGAAGGUACGUUCCGAGGCGUAUGUAAGAAGAUUGAUCACUUUCCCGAGGACGCUGAUUACGAAGCAGAUGCCGCCGAAUACCUCCUCCGUGCAGUGAGAGCGUCCAGUAUUUUCCCCAUCAUGAGCGUGGGCCUCCUCUUCCUCGGGGGGCUCUGCGUGGCGGCCAGUGAGUUCUACAGGAGCAGGCACAACGUUAUCCUCAGCGCAGGCAUCUUCUUUGUAUCUGCAGGCCUGAGCAACAUUAUAGGAAUCAUAGUGUACAUCUCAGCCAACUCGGGUGACCCGGGCCAGAGCGACAGCAAGAAGUCCUACUCGUAUGGCUGGUCCUUCUACUUCGGCGCCCUCUCCUUCAUCAUGGCCGAGAUGGUGGGGGUCCUGGCCGUGCACAUGUUCAUAGAGAAGCACCGCAAGCUCCGCGCCAAAUCCCGCACGGAGCUCAUCAAGAAGUCCGCCUUCAGCCGCAUCCCGUCCUACCGCUACCGCUUCCGCCGCCGCUCCAGCGUGCGCUCCUCCGAGGCACCCAGCCGAGACGCAUCGCCGCUGGGUAAGGGCGGGUACACGGGGCCAGCCGCCUCAGAGCUGCCCAUGUACACCCUGAACCCGAGGGAGCCGGGCAACGCUGGCACCAAAUCAAGUGGGAUGGGCUUGCUGAAUUCUGAGAGGGAGUUUCUUCAAAGCAGCACGCUCACUAAAGACUACAGCAAAGACCCCAACCGCCGGACGACGCCUGUGUGA